AUGCUGCUGCGUGUCCGUGGCAAUGGCGCCUCGCCGGAGAACUCGCAGGCGACGCUUGUGUACCUGCGCGGGUUUCGCCAGACAAACGCGCGCCCCCCGUCGGGCGUCUACUUCGUGGGCGGCGUUGAGCGGUCAUUGCUCUACCCACAUUUCCAGGUGGACAUUAAAAUCCCCGGCGCGGCGGCGGAUGCUGAGCUGAGUCGACAUCUGCGACAGAUGGUGUGGAAGGAGUUGUGGAACGUGUACGACAUCGUCUACGAUGAGCUGCGCCUCUUCCCUAACCCGCAGCUUACGGCGGCUCUGCUCACUCCUUUUGGUAGUAAUCCAACAGAAGAGAUUGAGGGGUUUACGCGACUAACGACACGCGGUGGGGAUAAAAUGGCGGUGGUUGUUACACACCACUUCCUGGAGGGCGAGCUGCCGCCUGCUGCUCACAGCAUGUCUACGGCGGAGUUGGUGGUGGUGGUGUUGGACGUUUCAGAUCUGCCACUGCCAGAUGCAGCCACUAGGAUUGCGGUUGAAGUGGCGUGGUUGGCGGGGUAUGCGUCUAUGCAGGGAGCACUCACCCACGCAUCGCAUGUCGUGGUGCGACUUCCUUACAUGUGUGACGUAUCUAUAGAGGGGAGCUGCAGUCCUCUGGUGCAGGAGGGGCUGGAUUUCAUCGGUGAACACAUUGCCCUGCUUGUAAGGAGCUUCACGCAGGCGGCAGGCGACGGUGCGCCUCCUGCUGUUGGGGUGUGUUUUAUCGGGGCGAGUGUCACGCAGUUGCAGGAGACGCUGGACUGCCUCUGUACCUCAACACACGCGCCUAGAGGCAUGGAGACGCAGCGGGAGGCGCACAAGGAGACUGUGGCCCGCAACGGCGUCCGCUUCUUUGCCGGUGAUCAUCACGCGCAACAGCAGCUUGCGCAGAAGCCGCAAGUACUGCAGACCAUCGCAUCCGCGAUUGGCGUCGGCGUGUCUUUUGAGGCAGUCCCACUGAAGAGUCUUUUGGACGGCGCGGAGGAGCCGUGGGAUGCAGCCACCACGCGAGAAAAUCAAUUGCUGAAUUUCUGCCCCUGCUGUGGACAUUGCGGCAACCACUAA